AUGGAAAUACUAUAUUGUUCAAUAUAUUUUUUAUUGAUUUAUGUAAAAUUUAUUAAUGGAACGAGUGUAAAUUCGAAACCUGGAACAACGGUUAGUGCUAAUACUUUUGUUAACAUUACGCGACACUAUGAUGGAGAUAUUAUUUUUAUUGAAGAUGAAAAAAAUUGCAACGAAAAUACAUGUUUAGAACUUUUGGGCGGCAGUGCUACUCUUUAUAAAGAAGUUAAGGCUUCAACUAAACCAACAAAAUGCAAAUGUCAAUGUGUCAGUCAUUUAAAAACUUAUCGUGAAGAUGACGGUUAUUGCGUUGAUACCAUACGAGAAUGUUCAAUAAUACCGUUUGUCAGCAGCAUUACUGCUUUAGAUACGUUAGAAAAAAUUCCAUCAGUAUUUCUACCAUUACAGGGACAAAUAAUAUAUCCCAGUAAAGAAUUAUUUUUGGGUGAUGAAGUAGACACAAAAUGUGUAAUUGUUGAUGCAAAUUAUAUGACAACACAUGGUUGGAGUGAUAUGAAAAAUUCUUUAUAUACCAACGAUAUUCCAUUUCGCCUUUUUAAUGACAAAAAUCGAACAUUCUUGCAAUGGUCUGGAGAUGCAUCGUAUCGUUCUCUCUUGCAAGGUCGAUUGGUUAUACUAAAACUUGCUUGUUGGAAGGAUGCAAAUAUAAAUUUGAACAGUAUCGAAGAUCCAUUGAAGACAAUUAGAAAUCUAUCAUCAUGUAUAUCGUUUCGUGUACUUGGGAGUUUACUUAAGCACGCAUCAAAUAUAACGGAAGUUCAAUUUUCAUCAGAAUCUACGGGUGAAAAAGAAACUUUUUCCUCAAAUGAAUAUAUCAUAAUAGCAAUAAGCAGUUUUUGUUUAGGAGUUAUGUAUAUUGCAUCUGUAUUUUUAUAUAUUUAUCUAAAGAAGAAAAAAGAUAGACCUGAUUUAUCAAUUUCAGAAAGCAACGACAAGAACUUUACACGUGGAGUAAAUAUUGACCUAGAAAGUCACAGUUCAAAUUAUCAUCGAAAUUCCUCGCUAUCAACUUCAAUGGAUUUUUUGGAUAAUCCAGAGGCAAAUGUCAUCAAAAGCAAUCCUUUGAUGAAACAUUUUUUAGGUUUUAAUGAGAAUUGUGCAUUUGUCAAUGAUUCAUCUGACGCGGAUUCAUCAAAUAAAGAUGAUUUGAUAGAUAAUUCAGAACGAGAGUUUAUGGACUCACAAAGCAUGCAAAGUAGUAAUAAUCAGGAAUGUAUACCCGAUGAGGAUAUAAACAUAACAGAAGAUAAUGAUUCUAAAAGCAGCUAUGGACUUCAAAAUAAUAACACAAGAAGAAAACUUUACUUUAAUCCAGCUUAUUUUGAACCGGAGCUGUUGGCUUCACCACCUCAAGCAGCAGUUGAAUUUUUAACAAAAAUAAGAGAGGUAAUUUCGAUGGCCAAAAACAAAAUGACAUCAAAGCGAUUUCAACCAAAUUUACAAUAUAUUCCCGAAGAAGAGGAUUGUUCAAGCGAAAGCAGAAAAAAUACAAUUAGUAGUCGUCGUAGUAAUUUGAAUGACAACUGCACUGGCUGUCCUGGAUGUUCAGUUAAAUCAAUAAAAAAUAAUCAGUUGUUAAAUGACUGUAAGAAUUGUGGUGACAAAAAUAAGAGCAUACAAAAAUGGCUUGAAAACGUUUGUAAUGAUACAAAUGAAGUUUCGACAAGUUCAAAUUUCAGUGAAAAGUCAGAAAUUCCACUUAUUUCUAAAACUAUUAACGAUGAGAUAAUUGAAGAAAAAUCGUCAGCUGAUGAAUCUUUAAAACAAAAGAAUGUUAAAGAAGAACUGAAAAUUGUCAAAGGAUUUGUGAAAGAAAAAAACAUUUUUGUGCAGCGUGAUCGCAACGGCCAGGAACAAAUACUCGAGAAUGACUCGAUUCCAAAAAUAAUUUCACACAGCCUUAAAAAGAACAUUAAAGAAAUGAUUUAUUCACAAAAUUUUGUCAGAGACAAAGUUAAUGUUUUUGAAUCGAAAACUCAUGAUCAACAAUCAACGAAUAAAUAUGGCGAAACACAUGAAAUAUAUAAUAAUCCAAAAUUUAUGAUGGAUAAUGAUUCAGAAGUGAAUAUUUUUGAAUCAAAUGUUAAUAAAGAAAAACAGGAAGUAUUAGAUCAGUAUUCAAAUCCUAUUAAACGUUCAAACAGAAAGAAAAAUAAUAAUUCAAAUAAAAUGCCGGAUAUGGUUUAUGAAGCUAUUGAAAUGGAAAAGAAAAAUUGUAAAACUCUAAAUUACCAAUCACCUACACCCGAUUAUUCAAGUGAAUACGAAAUGACGAAAUUCAAAGCAUCAUAUGAUAACGUUUCGUUUGCUCCAUUUGUUCCAACUCCAGAUUACUAUCAUACAUAUAGUAAAAAUACAUUGAAAAAUUUAAAGCAUUAUCAACCUGACUCACCUAUAUAUUCACGAAAAAGUCCUGCAUAUUUAAUUGUUGAUUAUGAAACAGAUAGUUUAGAAAGAUUAAAUACAUUGAAGAGUAUUAACAGAUCUGCUCUUACUCCUACAAAGAGCGAUUUCAGUAGUUCUCAGCCUAGUCCGAUAGGAGCUUUACCUAUGGAAGAGGAAGUUGAAAUAAGAAAUGCCUUGUAUGACAAGGAGUUGAGGUUUCGGAAAGACACAGAUACAAUAAAGAAGGAACGAGAAAUUGAUAUUCAAAUGAAGAAAACAAAAAUUAAAUAUAAUACACCAAUCGAAGGAAGUAUGACAAUUGAACUAGAAGGUAUUAGUCCAGAUGAAAAUGAUGAAAAUAGUGAUAAUAGUGAUGAGUUUGAGCCAGACACGCUUGAUCGUCAUACAAAAGUUAAUAGAAAUUUGUUAUCAGAAAUUGAGCGAGCAACGCAAAUCGAUAAUAAACUUAACGUAAAUGAUGAGUUUGGGCGUAUUUUGACUUUAGAAAUAAGACAUUCGAAACGACAAAGAAAUGUAGGAGAAGCAUCUUUAAAAAAACUUCCCAGUGAUCAACAUUUAAGCUUGAAACAAUCUAUUCAGCCUGAUGUAAUUUCAAGCAAUAAACCUGUAUAUAUUAACAGAAAUCAGAUUAAAAAAUCACAAAUUUCAGCACCUAUUUCUUCAACUGGAUUGGAAUUAGCGGAUAAAAAGGUGGUGAACAAAACUUUACGAGGAGAGUUUUUAAAGAUGGAUCUACUUAGCUUACAAACAAACUUUUUAAAUGCUCAAUUAAACAGCAAUGAUCAGUCCUCUUUGAUUAAGACUAUAUAUCAUGUUGAUGUUCCUCACUCUCCACAAAUAUUCAGAGAAAAUGUCAAAAAGACAAAAGAUUUUAAAAACGCUUGGAAACGUUUCAUGGGAUUAGCAUCGUCAAAAUUAAAAAUGUAUGAUGUAAGUGAUGAAGACGAGGAAAAUGACAAAAAGAAAACCACUCAAAAAAGUAUAAAUGGAAUUGCUUCAGAAAUUAAGCAAGGAAAAGUGAAAGAUAUUGUUAGAAAAAUGAGCAUACGAUAUAUGGACACAGGAAAGUUAAGGGAAAACGAUAGUGGAUAUUUAAGUGCAGAAUCAUUGACAAAUGAAAGAGUUGUUUUUGGGCAACUGGCAUCAAACAAUUUGAAUAUCGAACAUAAUACGAAAACUCUUCUUGCAAGGCCUUCACUUCCUCCUCCUCCAGUUCCUAUAAAAACUAAAGAAAUUCCAUCAUCAAACACAUUCGAUUCUGUUAGCAACGAGGAUUUAAUAAAUAUAACAAUCUAUUCUUCUGAUGAUGAUGAUGAUGAUCAGAGUAGCUCAAUUCAUGACAAUGAUACACAUGUUGACACAUGUGAAGAUAUUGAUGCAGAUUCAGAUUUUAGUUUUAUAAACUAA